ACUUUUGGAAUGAAGCACACUCAAUGUCUCAUUUGCAUGUUUAAUUUUCUCCCUGGAAUAAAUGCAAAGGUUAUCCUACAGAUUAAUUGCUAAAUGAACAGUUCCUGGCAGGGUGAACAGACCAGUCACGUGAUGUUCUCUGCUCAUUAGUAAGCCACACCGCAACCUCAACCCUAUUGAAUAUUUGCAGCCUAUGUUUUAAAUUAACUGUACCAAUUCCAUCCCACAAUUAAUAUGACAUUAAUGCCCAUGAUGAGUCCAUGGAAAAUUUAUCACCUCAACACACACUGCCGGUAGCAGCAGAUGUGGCAUUUGUAAAGCUGACACUUACAUUGGAGUUUAAAGAGAAAGUGCUUCUGUAUGCAAAAGCUGCUGAACAAGGUUACACUUGACCUGAAAAUAUAAAAGAAUUAUGUGAAAUCUGCUGACAAGGAGAGAGUGUGCAUCUCUCUUUUUGAUGUUUGGUGCUCUCUGCAGUUGAGUACAUAAAUGCCCCCCACCCAUAUUCAUCCAUCCAUCCACCCAUUUUCUAGACCGUUUGUAAUCAUCAAGACCACAGGUGAGUUGGAGCCUAUCCCAGCUGACAGUGGAUUACACCCUGGACUGGUUAUCACGCAAUCGCAGGGCACAUACUAUAUGAGCAACCAUCCACACUUAUUUCUACACCUAUGGACAAGAAUGUGAGAGUAGAUUCAAACCCAGACCCUCCCUACUGUGAGGCACACAUGCUGGUUCAUAAUGGUUCAUAAUGCCAUAUGAGAAACUAAUGCAUUCUGUCUUGUAUCGCAACCAGUUUUACCAAAAACAUACAUAAUGCUCUACAGCAGUCAUUGCCAGACAGGUGAUGACAGUCUGGAGAAAAUACAUAUCAGAAGAAAAGGAGGAUCGAGCACCCGCAAAGUCGUGAAUAAUUGUCAUAAUUUGUAUCAUAAACCCUGUUUAAUGAGCCAUUCAAGAGCAAACACUCGGGUUUCUGUUUCACGUUUAACUGCACUUUCUAACUCUACAGUACAGACCAUCUACUUGUUUGUUUUAAAAUAAAAGCAAACUGUGUCAUUUCAGGAUGUGUGUACCACUGUAGCACAAAUAUUAUUUCACACAACAUGAUCCUUGAAAAAGCUGUCAACACAUCUUGUUUUGUGGAUGUCGCACAGCAAGCAGCAGGUGUGUUGCCGUCGGCUUUUGUCACAACUGGUUAACACCCCUCAUUAUCUCACGCUCUCGCCAGGCAGCUGAGAUGCACAACGGGUGAGUCAUCAGAUGCAGAUUGUGACACUACCUGUAUAUGGCCAAAAGUAUUGGGGCAUUUGCAAUGAAUGCAAGUGGACGUGAUAGAAACCAAAUUCCACUCAGAAGGCAUUCUGUAUCAGAAAUUGGCCUUCCCUAAUCUGUUAGAUUUGCACAAUUAUCCAAAAUGUCCUGGUAAAAGUAACUAAUGGGUUAAUGGAGAUUCCUGAUUGAUUGAGAGGCAAGUCUUAAUUAUUUUGUCCAUAUAGUUUAGCAGUGCCCAACUUUUCUGUGCCCCACAACCCCUACGAAAGUAUAUUAUGAUUAGAAAAUUAAAAUGGCAAAUUUCAGGAAAAAAGUCUAAUGUAUACGCUCAGUUACUACUUACUUAUUAUACAUAAAAUAAAUGCUUUUCAAACCCCCUAUGUUAUGGAGGGGGGGAAACGUGAUGCAGUGUACAGUAUUUUAAUUGCAUUGCUAAAUAUACAACCAACUAUAUCUUUUUGUUAUACUAUGCAGGAUUUACAGGAUCUUGGGGGUUUCAUAGUCAAGGUUAUCUGCUUAAUAUGCAUAAUGCAUUAUUGAUAAAUCAAGUGAGAUUUAUUAGUAAACAAAUAAUCCACAACUCCAAUUAAUGCUAAAAUGUAGGUUCAUGUUGUACCGUUUUCUAUCAAUAGAGGGAGCCAUUUUCACAAACAGUACUGUAUAUUCUUACUGACUCCAUGAAUGAGCACAAUGCUGAGGCUAUGCAAAAUGUUCUCCUAAUCCCAUAAAGAUUUGAACUGUGACUGACUUUCGCCUUUCCUUAACUCACAAGGAGGCAAACGCAUUUUCAAACCAGGACCAGGCUGCUGAGGCAGCUGAGUUGCCUGACUCUAUCUCUGUCCAGGUCAGUCCUUGUCCAUGUCACCCCCAAAUGUCUGUGAGGAGGCUGGUCUGGUAAGUGACGCCGGUCAUUUCAGUCACUGUGUGCUGGAGGGCGGACGAUCCACGCGAAGAUGGAGGUCUCUCAGUGAGUGUUUUGGAAGGACAUAUGAUGUGUGCACAGUUAGACACUCAGUCACCAGAGGGUCACAACCACAUCAACCAGUCUUCUCCUGGGCCUGUCAGAGACGCUCAUCCAGACAUUAGUGAAGACAGGACAGCAAUUCUCGAAGGGCGAUUGAAUGUGUUUGCAUGACUCCGAACAGCUAUAGUAUAAUGCUCAGCCUUCCCAUAAAGAUGCGGGGUAACAUGCAUGUGUCAAGGUUGAGAAGUCUAGCCUAGUGUGUGUGUGUGGGGAGAAGUAGUGCUGACCAGGCUAUGCGUGCGUCCCGCCUUUGGAUGCUGAGUUGAGCGACGGGAGCUGAACCGGAGGCUGACUGAGGAGUCGCCAUGGGGCUUGGACAGUCCAGCAAGUCUCCCAUCACGGGUGACACCGAUGAGGUCAAUUUUGACCAUUUCCAGAUCCUCAGAGCAAUAGGAAAAGGAAGCUUCGGAAAGGUUUGCAUUGUGCAGAAGAAAGACACUAAGAAGAUGUACGCCAUGAAGUACAUGAACAAGCUGAAAUGUGUGGAGCGUAACGAAGUAAGGAACGUAUUAAAGGAGCUGCAGAUCAUGCAAAACCUGGAGCAUCCUUUCCUGGUGAACAUCUGGUAUUCCUUCCAGGAUGAGGAGGAUAUGUUCAUGGUGGUGGACUUGCUCCUUGGAGGAGAUCUGCGUUAUCACCUGCAGCAGAACGUCCAUUUCUCCGAGAGCACGGUCAAACUGUACAUCUGUGAAUUGGCCUUGGCCCUGGGAUACCUGCGCUCCAAGCACAUCAUACACAGAGACAUCAAGCCUGACAACAUACUACUGGAUGAACACGGUCACGUCCAUCUAACAGACUUCAACAUUGCCGCCAUUGUGAAAGAGGACCUCAAAGCGACAUCUAUUGCAGGGACCAAACCAUACAUGGCUCCAGAGCUAUUUCAGAUCUUUGAAGGCUCCCAUCCUGGUUAUUCUUUCUCAGUGGAUUGGUGGUCACUGGGCAUCACAGCUUACGAGCUGCUCAGAGGGCAGAGGCCGUAUGUGAUGAGGUCCAGCACCCCAGCCAAUGAGAUCCUUCACACCUUCCACAAGGUGCACCUCAGCUUCCCAGCAGUGUGGUCCUCAGAGAUGAAGUCUCUUCUGAGAAAGUUGCUGUGCAUUGACGUCCAGAAGCGCAUUUCCUGUCUGGCGGAGCUGCAGGAUCUGGACUACAUGUCGGACGUCAGCUGGGACAUUGUGCUCAAUAAACAGAUUCCUCCGGGCUUUAUACCCAAUAAACGGCGACUAAACUGUGAUCCUACAUUUGAGCUGGAAGAAAUGAUUUUGGAGUCCAAGCCUCUUCACAAAAAGAAAAAAAGGCUCGCCAGAAAGACCAGGGACCAGGGUUCCGACGGGUCACCACAGAAUGGUCAGUUGCAGCAACGUUUGGAUAACGUCCAGAGAGACUUUAUUAUCUUCAACAGAGAAAAAUCAAGGAAAGCAGAGUCGGAUUUAGACUCAGCUGAACUGUCCACAAGCAACAAGAACAAAGCAAUAGAGGACGGUCGGAACAACAAUGUGGAACCGGUCGCUUUUUUGUCAGGAUAGGACAACCGGACUUGAGUUCUCCCCCAACCUCCAACCCAUCUUGACUCGCUUAUCUCUCACCACUGCGUGUGGAUCAGCUCCUACUGUAUAGUGUCCUCCCCAGCGCAAGCACACUGACGUUAGUGGGCUGCUAUGUUGCCUCAACAAACAUUGCAAAGACUCGACAAAUACAAAACUGACUCUUAAUGGACAUUGUGGCAGGAUUUUUGGCUUCUUUUUUGUCUCACCUUGAAGAACUUUAUAUGUACAGUAAGGCACUUCCUACUCCUUUACACGAGACUGUCACGCCUAUGGAGCAAAUGUGGUCGCAGUCUAAAUAUGCUGCUGAACAUUUUGUCUAGAUCAAGUUUUAAUUCAACUUGAGGUGGACGGUGGUAUCAGGACUUUGGUCAGGAAUGGUAGUCCACCUUUAAGCUAGUGGACAUGGUUUUGAUUUGAAGGUUUGUACUACUGCUCUACUUGUCUGAAGCAGUUUUUCCCAACCUGUAUUGAACCAAGACGCAUAUUUUACAUGAGAGAAAUCUCACGGAACACCACCAAACAAAAUCUAUUUCCUGAAGUAAUGAUGAUCUGGUCUCAAUUUACUCACCAAAAUACUUAGUCUGAAAUCUGAGCCUGUUUAGUUGAAGACAAAGCUAUCAUUCUGUUGUAUGAUUGGCAACAUGGAUACACAUAAUUGUCCCUUCUGCUAUGAAGUGGAAGAGCAUUUAAUUGUUUUGCCUGUCACUAUAUGUGGCUGGCAUAGAUAGAUGAACAAAGAUGCUUUAUUCGUAGUAAAUAAAUAUUUUCAGACCAAUUAAGUGAAAUUGCCGCAGCACAUAGGUUGGGAAUCACUGGUCUGGAGCACAAACUCUUUUGAUUUUGAAGGACACGAGAUAGCUGAGGUUAUAAUGGUUGAAUGUGUACAUGUUCCGCUUUUGUCCUCCUCACAAAAUGUUUAAGCAUCUUCUUGAAACUUAACUGUCAGAGCAAGCAUACUAUUGAUUUUCAAUAUCUAACCAUGUUAAAUGUAGCGGCGGUUGUUCUUACUGGUCAUUUUAAAACACUUUGGCUUUUCACCACAAAUGUGUCGAGGCACUAGCUGUGUAAAUAGUGAAUUAUCAUAUUGUAGCAGUGUGACAAACAAAGUAGAGCGAUGAAGGAUAUGCAGCAUUUUGUCUUCUUUAAAAAAAAAUGUGUUACUGCCCAGAAAGAACAGUUUAUCUUCCACCAAUCAACCAGACUAUAGUGUGCUCGCUCUGCCCUUUUGGUACCCCGACAGAAGUGCCAAAAAAGUGGUAUGGAUGGGAUCUUUUGGCACCUUUUCCAACUUUUCACAAUGGAAACAAAAAUGUGUCCUGUCUAGUAUGCUGAAGGUAUCUUAUUUGUCCUCGUUGGUCGUUUGUGACCUCUUUCUUUGAAAGCGUGUAGACCCGGGUCUACACACUUUCAUCUUAAAGGAGAUGAUUAUGCUUUUUUUUUUUUUGUACCACAUUUUAAAAUGGUCUGUCUGUGAUAUCCAUCCAUUCAUCCAUUUUCUGAGCCCCUUCUCCUCACUAGGGUCGCGGGCGUGCUGGAGCCUAUCCCAGCUAUCAUCAGGCAGGAGGCGCGGUACACCCUGAACUGGUUGCCAGCCAAUCGCAGGGCACAUCCUUUUGUCAAAAUAUACCAAGGAUCAAGAUGUGGAGACACUUCACACCGCUUAUUUCUGGUUUGCUGAAAUUCGCACAUUCGUGUGUUUAAGUGAGCGACGGCAGUCCCCUCCCAACAUCCUGCUGAGCCAAUGGCGAGUUCAGAUUCAGAAUAAAAAAUCAGGAGCGGAACACAGCGUGUGGAGACAAAAAGCCAAAAGCGUUUUUAUGCGUGGAGGCAUCACUUCGUAAACUACACUAGGUGUAUGUGGUGCCGGGACAUGUCAACAAACACCCCACCACCACUUCCGCGUCGAUAACUUUACUGCGCAAUCAAGUAUGUGCCACUUUACAGAAUGCAGCUCUGCUUACAUUUUUGCUUUGAAGUACUGCUUCAGACAGUGUAGUCUGGCAGUUGCUUGAAGGUGGCUCUGGAACUUUGCCCAGCCUACCUGAUCAUGAAAUGUAGGGUUACUGCAGUUAUUAUGUAAAUUAGCCCCGCUGUUACAUAGCAAUGCAGAAAUGUUUAUUCAUAAACACAUUUAGAACUAGGUAAAUAGUAAAAAAGUUUACUGAUUUAAUUUCACUCUUAAUGGGUGUGCAGGCAGUCCAGAGACCCAACUGCAGUGUUCCUGCGCUACUUGCCAAGUAUAUAUGCCACAAGAUUGCGGCAAAGCACUUUUUUUUUAUUACACAGGGCUAUGUCCUGACUACAUGAAGCACCUCCACUCACUUCAACAUAGUCCCUUGGCACCAAAAUAAUACUUUUAUAUCAGGCAGGACUUGGGUCUGAGCACAAAAACAGCAAAGGUUUCCAGAAACUCCUAAACAAUUACAGUAAAGUCAUUUUUCCAUAAUAAGGAAGGAACAAUUCCCGCAACUGAUUUCUUUGUAUGAAUGCCUCAGCUGAUCAUAGCUGCACACCAGAAUUAGAAUCAGAAUCAUCUUUAUUUGCCAAGUAUGUCCAAAAAACACACCAAGAAUUUGUCUCCGGUAGUUGGAGCUGCUCUAGUAUGACAACAGACAGUCAAUUGACAGAGAACACUUUUGAGACAUAAAGACAUUGACAUUGAGAAAAACAGUCACUGAGCAAUAAAGGGUUGCAAGCUAUCUGGUAAUGCCAGUACAAUUUAUUAUUAUUAUUUUUUUUUAUUUUUUUUUACAUUUGUGCAAAAAGAUUCAGAGUCCGCCAGCACUUAGAGCAGUUCGAAUGACUAAUCUCGCAAUAGUCCGGUGCAAUGACCAUUGUGCAAAAGGCGCCGAGACUUCAAGGAGUGUAUGCAGUUUAAAGUGACGAGUAGCGCGAUAAUCUGGGACAAUGUCGAUUGUGCAAAUGUUGCAGAUACUCCUCAGUCAGUGUGCAAAUGGGGCAAAUGCUACUCUGGCAUGAGUGGCCAGUAUUGGUCAACAACAGAUAUGCAAAUAGUGCACCGUGGCGAGAGUAAUAUAUAAUUGGCCCGACAGAAAUGUGACAACAAACUCAAGACAAAAUAUUUGGCAGCAUGUUGCAAUGGAAUUGUCGGUUAGCUGUAUAAGAAGUUGAUUGCAAGAGGGAAGAAGCUGUUGGAAUCUCUGCUAGUUCUAGUUUGCAUUGAUCGGUAGCGCCUAGCUGAGGUAAGGAGCUGGAAGAGCUAGUGACCAGGAUGUGGAGGGUCCAAGAGGAUUUUCCAUAUAUCAAUUGCGGAAGAAGUGCUGAUGCUGUGUGUGGAUGAGGUGGUCUCUCCCAGCCUCACCUGCUGUGUCGUGCCCGUCAGGAAGCUGUAAAUCCACUGGCAGAUGGCAGGCGAGACGCUGAGCUGGAGAAGCUUGGAGGAAAGGAGUUCAGGGAUGAUGGUGUUGAACG